UGUGUGUGUGAGGCCUCCUCCUCCUGCCAUUUCCCGUUUGGAGAAGCUUUUUUCAGCGGCUCGGAAUGGGAGUCUCAGUACUGAGAGGUUUUCCAGCAGCAGCACAUCACUGGCCUCGCUCGAUACCGAGCAGACGGAGGUAAAGAGGAGGUAAUAAGGAGGUAAUAAGGAGGUUAUAGCUGCGUUAAAGCUGCUUCGAUGGCCGAUAUUUCACCGGCUGAAGCAGUAGGCUAUAGCUUUGUAUUUGUAUGACUUUAAAGGGAAGGGAAGGGUGUGCACCUUGCGCUUCUGGACACAAAGAUGAGAUGACGCGAGUGGUUUUGAUUGAAUGAAACACUUCCAGUCCAGGAUGGAUGACUUCCCUCAUGUUUUUCCUGACCAAACCCCUGGACUCCAUCACAUGGAAACGCCGUUACCUCGGAUUAUCGGUGCUUCCGCGGUGACGGGAGCCGGCCCAGGGGUGAGCAGCGCCUUACGGUAUGAUUUAGGCUCCAACAUCCAUGUCUUAAAAACGCUAAAUCUCCGCUUCCGCUGUUUCCUGAACAAAGUGCAUGAGCUGGAGCGCAGGAACAAGGUGUUAGAGACUCAGCUGCAGCAUGCUCUGGACGAGUCUCGCUGCAGAAGCUUUCUAAGCCGGGAGCAGGCUAUCCAAACGGACUACGAGCUCCCGUUUGCAGGGCCAUUAGUCGAGGCGAGGGUCCCUGGUAGAACCUGGAGUUACGUCCAUAGCAGGAGGUAUGGAAGUCGGCUGGAGCUCCAUCACGGGCCCGGAGUUUCAUGGACGCACCCAGAUGGAGUUGGUGUCCAGAUCGACACCAUCACCCCUGAGCUGAGGGCCAUCUACAACGUGUUAGCCAAAGUGAAACGAGAGAGAGACGAAUACAGAAGGAGAUGGGAGGAGGAGUUGUCCAAGUGCCAGCAAAUGGAGGCCAUGGUGGAGACUUUACAACAAAGUGCGCAGGAGUCUGAGGACCUACGGAGAGAACUGAGUGAGAAAGUGGAACAGCUGAAAGCUGAACUGGUCGUGUAUAAGAGUCUCAUGACCGACCAAAUGUCAGAUUUGGACUCCAAAAUUCAAGAGAAAGCCAUGAAGGUGGACAUGGACAUUUGUAGACGCAUCGACAUCACAGCCAAGCUGUGUGAUGUGGCCCAGCAGAGAAACUCGGAAGACAUGAGCAAGAUGUUUCACAUCAGUCCUCCUCGAGCUCCUGCAGACCACAAAGGGGUGUCUGCAGCAUGUAAAAAGAAAGAGCGCAAGGCUGUGUCUGAUGAGGAGAACACUGAGGUGGAGGCAGACAGCCAGCACUCUGAGAAGGAGGUUGCAGGAUCUCUGAACAUUACAGAUGAAAUGAAGCGCAUGCUCAGUCAGCUAAUUAGCUCAGAUAACUGCUCUGUCGCCAGGAGGGAGACGUUCGAGUUCGAUGACGACUGUGACAGUCUGGCCUGGGAGGAGACUGAAGAGACGCUGCUCCUAUGGGAGGAUUUUACCAACAACCCUGUUAUUACCACCUCCACCACGGCUGCUGCUGCUUCUGCCGCCGGUGCACACUCUGCUGCUGCCUGUACUGCUGAAUGCUACGGAGAAACACACGAGCAGGAUGGAAGUCUGCGCAGUCUGAUAAACGAGACUGAGUCACUCUUUAAAACAAGAGAGCAGGAAUACCAGGCAACGAUCGGACAAAUCGAGGUAAGUAGAAGUUUAGAAUUAUAUUUCAGUUUGUUAUUUCUUAUUGUUAAUUUUUUCUUAAUGUCCUCAAAGCUGGAGCUUGCAACAGCCAAAAGUGACAUGACCAGACACCUGCACGAGUACAUGGAGAUGUGCAGUAUGAAGCGAGGACUGGAUGUGCAGAUGGAGACCUGUCGCAGACUCAUCCAGAGCUCAGAAGCUACUGGCAGACACUCCCCAUUCUUUAACUCUGGAGCCAGCAAUGACUCAGGAAACACAGAAGACCCACAGGACGAACUGGACAGGGGCGGAGAGAAGGACAGAGACAUGGUUGGAAAGAGCGACGGAGAGACAGAUGUCUAUGGGGAGGUCAGCUGAUGAUCCUGCACAUCAACCAUCAUCUCUCUUCUUCCACAGUAGAACUGGGGGUAGACUCUCUGCCCCGGUGUUUCAUGGGAUACGUCUCCGUGGCUGUCCGAGUCGGUGCUACGUGUGCUGUCCCAAAUUGGGAUUCAAUCAGUUUUAAAGUCUAUCCACUGAACUUGUCUCUUUCAUCAGCACUGCCAUGGCAUGGCUCAUUCUUCUCUUUCUCAUGGGCUUGUAACCCUACAGUAUACACAACGUCUUUCAACAAUCCGUGCUUUUUUUAUAGUCAGCUUCAAUCGUAAUCGUAAAAUCCAUGUACCGGUUUUUAUUCAACAUAUUACAACAGAACUGGUUCGGCGGUCACUUGUUAAUGCCAUAAAAGAGCCUGAAAUUAACAUUAACACUAAUUUGAUUUGAGUCUUGACACAUGAACAGAAACACUGUGUUUUACACAUUUGCUCUGAAAUGUGAAAUAUUGCAGAUAAUCACAUAGACACAACCUGUAAGCCAUGCAACAGGAGCUUCUACACUAGGGUUAGAUAAACGUGCACAAUUGUGCACUGAGCACUAUGCAAUAAGCUGUUAGUUAUUUUCAGGGACAUUCUUGCCAUUUGUGAUCAAGUGCCCUGCUCUUAGUUUAGCUGUAAUGCAAAAGGUUCAGUGUUCAGAGGAAGCUGAUGCCAAACAUCAGAAAACCAAAACCCUUGUGCCUGUGACUGUGUUUUUCUACAGCAACUGUUGCCUUAUGCGUUUUUUUCCUUUAGGUGUGCUUUUAAAAAUAUUUCAAAGCUGAUCAAAGAUCAUAAAUAGAACAGAAAACAUUUUGGAAUUUACAAAAUCAAGCAAAACAAUACCAGUUUAUCAUCAGUGAAGUAAAAAUGUGGUUAUUAUUAUUAUUAUUAUUAUUAUUAUUAUUAUUAUUAUUAUUAUUAUUAUCAGUACUGUUGUAGAUUUUUGGAGUUAUUCUGUAUAAAGGCCUUAUUUAGAGUUUUGUUAGAAUAACAGUCCUGAAUUAUGUGGAGACUUUUCAUCACUGAUCUUUUUUUUUUUAAUUUAUGGAUCUUUUAUAAUAUAAUUUAUCUUUUAUCUUCUGUUUAAUGAUCACUUAAUAAAACAUUAUUUAUGCUUUUA